GUUCUGAAGAAUGUAAUUGCGCAGCCCCUAAUAGUAGGCGCAGUCCUGGACGCGGUGACAAACGCACACCACCUCUACUUACGGCCCAAAAUGAUACCGACCAUUUUGCCGAUCGUUUAUUGCUUCACUCUGUGUGGAUCAUUUGCUUCACCCUUCUACUUGUUCCUGGAUUCUUAGAUGACUCUGACCUAGAAUAUUCAUAUUCAUUGAAUUUUUGCAGCUCUAAUCUACGUGAUUAUAAUCACCGAGAAAGUCGUGGACGGGACCGAAAACGGGAUGACGGAAGAUCUUCUCGAGCGGAUGAUGGUAGAAGCAAGAGAGCACCAACGCGAGAUAGUCGAGGGUACUUCUUUCUGCAUGACUGGUCGUGGAAGUUGUACUUCAUCGUUGUCGCAAGAAUGAUUUGAAACAAAAUCAAAUAUCUUCUUCUUCUUCUUGAUAAACUUCUUCCUACAAACUACAUCGAAACACAGUCGCGACCGAGGAGGACCCCUAGUUCCGUCUAAAGUAGAGCAUCUCUCACGCAGCACAACUAUGGAUCCUCUUAGUGCGGCUCUAGGCACACCAAGGAACAUUAGGGCGGCAACCGCUGGAGCAUCCUUGGUCCCUCAUCCUUGGUCCCUCAUCCUUCAAGGGAAAAAAAAGGGCCCAGGGAUGUGGUCUUAGGGAUGCGCGACGCGGCUGCUCUAAGAAGAAUCUUCCAGCAUUAGGAGCCCUAGGUGGAAGGGCCGACUUGGAUCCAGCUAUGAUGGCCUUCAGAAUGAAGGAGAUGCAGAUGCAACAGGAGUUGGACCUGUUGCGGAGGUUUAUAGUGGCACAGACUAGGUAUUGUACAAAACUAUGAAAUCAAUUUACUCUUGGUUAACUCGGAGGUUUAUAGUGGCACAGACUAGGUAUUGUACAAAACUACGAAAUCACUUUACUCUUGUGGAAUAUGUUUUGUUUGACUAUCUAAGGUUCACAAGCUUACUCUUGGUUAAUGAUAUCAUUGCUCAAAUCAUCUCAGGGCUGAAGCUCUGGACGGACGUCUCCCUGAAUGAUAUCAUUUUUCAAAUCAUCUCAGGGCUGAAGCUCUGGACGGACGUCUUCCUGUACUUGGAGAUCGUCAACGUCCCCGAUCCCGUUCUCCUAGACGCCGUUCGCGAUCCCCCAGACGAGGAGACCAGAGUUCUUCAUCGGCUUAUGCUGGUUAUGGGUGGUUUGCACACUAUUAUUGAAUCGUUAAAUUGAAUCUUUACAGUUCUUUACUUUUAGUUUACCUUGUUUGUUUGUUUGUUUGUUGGUUGGUUUGUUUGUUUACUUUGUUUACUUUGUUUGUUUUGAUGCGCUCCGGGCGACGCGUCCGUUUUUUUUGAUUUUUCUUUGUGCUCUGUGUGUGUCACUUCAUCUUCAUAUUAUGAUUUUAGUAUACUUCAUAUUCAUCUUCAACGACCCUUCUUCAUAUCCUCGUACGAGAUGCGCAUCAACUACGGGAAGAAAAGAGGGUCAAGGAACAAAAGAAGCAUUUCGUUGUGAUUGAUGUCUGUUCUGUUGUGUUUGAUGUUCCGUUGUUCCGUAGUUUUCUGUUGUGUUUGAUGUUCCGUUGUUCCGUAGUUAUCAUCCUCUACUCCCUCUCAUCCCCCUCCCCACGACCCCCCUUCAUAUAGCAGAGGAACCGCCACGUCAACCUCAAUGUAUUCUGGGUUAUACGUCUGGUAAAGGCAAUUCCUCUUCUGCUGCUGAUCCACGCGACCAUCGAGACCAUAAUCGAGGAGGUGGAGGGGAUCUCCGUGAUCGCGAUGGACCAGGUGGAAGGGACCAUAUUAUGGAACGUGAUAUAUAUAUACUCGGGUCGCAACGGAAUCAGGCAGCUUUCUUGAGUUGUCAUGUGUGUCGCAAAUGAAUGAAUGAAUGAGUGAAUGAAUGAAUGAUUAGAGCUGGUAUUGCAUCAUGAUGGUCACUUAUUCAAUGAUGGUCACAGGUUGAGUAGAACGUGGAUGAAAUCCUGAAGGGACGGAUGAAAAUUGAAUACUGGUGAAGAGUGUAGCUUCUUCUGUGUGCAGCUUCUUCUGUAUUUUCUUCAUUAUUAAUAUGAGAAUACUUACUUUUUCUUUGCGUUCAUAUUUCGGAGCGGUUCCAAGGACAAGGGCAAAGGCAAGUGUGGCAAAGUUAUGAAAAUGACCAACGGUCCUUCUACAUCUUCCUUCACCCCAUUUUUUUUACACUACCCCACUUUUUUUACACCAUAUAGUCUGACGAUGACGAUCACAGCAGAUGCGCGACUAGCAGUUUCAACCUCAAAUAGCUCCUCCACAAGACGCAACUCAGCCUGUGCAUCCACUUCAAGCACAGGGCUAAUAAUGAGGCUUACGCCAGAAAUCAAGCAACACGUGUUCAACUAGAAAAACAAGAAUAAGAGGAGAGCUAAAAACAAAGCACCAAAAAAGCUUGAUCCGAUCAUUAUUUUUACACCAUCCUGCUCUAACAUGUACAAAGGCAAAUCCACAGUGCCACAGGGAAAUUUUAAAAUCACAAUUGAAAAUAUUCCUAUGGAUAUGCAGUGGGCCGAGCUACGCGAUAUCGGAAAAGGCUUUUUGGAGGAGAAAAAUAAAGACGGCCUCACGUUUUCUAGGACUUAUAUUUCGGUACUUGUUAAUAUUUUGAAGAAUUAGUGAAAAUGAUUUACUUAGUACUACGCAGCUAGUAAAGGAGAAGUUGAGUUGUACAUCAACAGCUCCUAUGAUUUGCCCUUCAUCCAGUGCAAAGACAACCGUGUUGUGUCAUAUGAUUUCUCCUUCACACAACACCAACAGGGCAAUACUUGUUACGGUGUUUUGGAGUUUAUGACGGAGAAGGAUGCGGACUUCGUUAUUAGCAAGUUGAACGGCAAAAAAAUUAAGGGCCACGACGGUCGUUUGAAGGUUUAUCGACAAGAAUAGAUGAUUCGAAGAUCAUGGAGAAGUUCGAAGGUGGAUAAAGGAGACGGAAUUUUGGGUUACGGGUUCGUGGGUGAAUAACGUACUGGUACCACGACAACGUACUGAGUGGAAGGGUGAGGUGGUGGACAUUAUACGGCUUUGAAGAACUACGGUAGAAGAAGUAGGCUUACAUUUCCAACACUGUGGAUCAGUAUUUGCAGGCGGUAAUUUUUGCGGUGUGGGGGGAUAGUACAACACACAUUGGCGCGGAUGAAAAUGGAACAAGAGGACUACUAAUACACUCUCGCACUUGGAGGGCAUAAAAGUCGUAAUACAAGAACGAAGGCUGUUGGACUAGAUGAUGGCGUUGAAAAAUACGAAUAUGUCGAACUUCUGGGCAGGACGAGGAUAGCCCAGCUUUAUUUGAACGUGAAGUACGAUAAUCACGUUCCCACGUGUACUACUACAAGUUGGAGGUGUAUAAAAAAUGUUGCAACUACAACUACUGGAGUGGUGGUAAGCUAGCGAGGGGCUGGCAACGAAAGGCAAUUGGCGCUGCAGUUCCUAUAGUGGAAAUGAAUUCCAAUUUUCAAGAAAUAAGUACUUUUAGAAAAGAAGAACCCUUGUGUCUGGCGCGUCUUUCAGGUGCGAACAUGCAUUUAUUUCGAGGACGCGAAGCAAACGGAUCGUAGCUGUCUCAUAUACGAACACCCUUACAUCUAGGCGCGGACCUCUCUUAUAUCUGUGCGAGUAUGCUUAAACAUUAUACACUUAUAUUCUCCUUUUGGCAGGGUUCUCCUGCUCUUAUGUCAGACACCAAUGUGGUCAACAUCAGCAAGAACAUUCAGAGGCAAAGUGAAUUUUUCAACAAACUUUUCAGCGCUCCCAAAAUUCUAUCUGAUACCUCGGCGAAGUGACUUGCUGCCUUGCAGAGGGGUGUGCGUGCCUGCCUAAAUGCUACUAGAUGGCCGAGGGUAUUGCUUGCUAUAGGAGUGAGUCGAAGGCGCGCGAUAGGAUAUGAUGGCUAGGAGCAGAAUGGCCGGGUCCGUAAAUACAGC